GAGCCAUGACAAGUAAUGUGCUAGCUGGUUAAUGGAAACUUGCUCAUUGUUUUCCUAAGAAGCCAUUGCGGACUAUCAAGUAAAUAGUGCACAUUUGGAAAAUGAUCUGAAUGUACAUUUGGGGCCAAACUCUUUUCUGGCUUUAUUGUGAGCUUUGGAGGCUGCCGGGGAGGACCAAGCCUGUCAUUUCUAGGGUCUGAGAGCAGUAGGGACUUUAUGUGGCCAGGCUGGAGAGAGGGCUUCCCUUUGGAAGUGGCCCUAUUCUGGUCUGCUUGGCAUUCAGGACGCUUGUUAUUGGUGCCCAGCUUUUGUUAGCUGACAUCUAUAUAACAGAUCCACUAUGGUGCUGAUGAUCUGUGACUGGCAGUAAUUAAUAUUCAUUUAAAAACUUCUUACCACUUCGAGGAGAAUAGAGCUGUGAAAGGCUCUGGAUGUGCCCCCACCCUCUCUAUCCCCAGCCCUUAACCCCUGCUGGUGACAGAAACGGGAAUAAGCUAACAGGCACUGCGCCCUUUGGCAACCACUCCACAGGAGAUUUUGAUGAUGGGUUUCUGCGCAGAAAGCAGCGCCGGAACCGGACCACCUUCACCCUCCAGCAGCUGGAAGCUCUGGAGGCCGUCUUUGCCCAAACACACUACCCAGAUGUCUUCACCAGGGAAGAGCUGGCUAUGAAAAUAAACCUCACAGAAGCCAGAGUGCAGGUUUGGUUCCAGAAUAGAAGAGCCAAGUGGAGGAAAACAGAGAGAGGGGCCUCAGACCAGGAGCCCGGGGCUAAGGAACCCAUGGCUGAGGUGACACCACCGCCUGUGAGGAACAUCAACUCACCGCCACCCACAGAUCAGGCCCGGAGCAAGAAGGAAGCACUGGAGGCCCCACAGAGCCUGGGCCGAGCGGUGGGGCCUGCAGGGCCAUUUUUCCCAUCCUGCCUGCCGGGGACACUGCUCAACACUGCCACAUAUGCCCAGGCCCUGUCCCACGUGGCCUCCCUGAAAGUUUGCAUGGCAUCUGGAAGCAAGAGUAGCCUGAGGGUUAGUGGUCAGGUGCUCUGUGGAAUUUCUCAUCAAGGUAAGUGUUGAAGAACUCUGCAUUUUCAGCUGACAUUUUGGGCUUAUCAGGAUGCAAUGUUAUCAUAUGGCAUUGAGAACCCUCUUGGUGCUGGGUCCUCAUUGCUGUGGGCUGAUGGUAGAUGGAGAUGACUGGUGACCUCAUGGUGCUGUGAGAUGACGGGGAAACCAGGAGUUAUCUUUAAAAGGAUCCUGUUGCAGAAGUCAUUUUUUUCUAAGCUGAAACAUAGCUGUAAGAUUUAAGGGAGAUGUUGAUGGUUGGACAAUUUAAGAUGCCCGUGUGCCCUGAUCAAUGGAAUCUCCUCCCCCACCCCAUGCCCUUUCCUGAGGAUGGUAACAGAUUUCUGGUCAUCACACAGAGGAGGAAGAUUUCCCCUCCUUUCCCUAGCAGAUUCUGCCUCUAUGCAGGCAACCCCUGCCUGUGUGGGUCACUGUGAUCCUCCCAUGAGGUCAUACCUUCAGCAUACUCCCUGCAGAGCUACGUCUGCAAAGGACAGUUGGAUCCUUAGGUGCAGAUUGUUGUAGACUGCACCCUUCUCCCUGGUAUAUAUCAGCUUGUCAGAGUUGAUCAUUUCUGAAACACAGAUCUAGGCCUCCACCCUUGCCCUCUCCCAUGCAGGGGAAUGGCCCUUUAAUGGCCUCUGGGACCUCCCCCUCACGGCCAGUGGCUUCCAGCUGCAGCUUAGAUACUGGAGUCCCUGGCAAGCUGUGUCCCCUCUGAUGGACACAUUGGUUGCUGUCUAGAUGUAGGUGCAGAGGAGUGGGGAGGCCGCAAGAGCUGUGAUCUUGGUGGUCAAAACUGCAGGAUGCUUCUUUAGUCCCUGACCUGGCAGUGAGGUGGGCCUGAGGGACUCUGGAGGUCUUUAGUGGCUAUAGGAGCCAGGCAAGGGGCUCAGUAGCUUUACAUGGCAUUUGACUUCCUGGGCCACUUUCGCUGGAGCUCCCUUUGACCCUGAUAGUUUUUUUUUUUUUAAAAAUGAUUAUUAUAUUUUCUAAAGUAAGCUUAAUAUAAAUUUUACCAUUUUAAAUGUAUAUUUCACAUGAAGUACACAGCUACCCCUCUAGGCCCGGAGUUCUGUAUCCAAACAGCUGUAGACAGAAGAUAUUAGGAAAAAGCGCAUCUUCACAGAACCUGUGGGACUCCCCCCACACUGUUCCCUAAGUCACUCAGCGUGACAGCUGUGGAUAACACAUCAGCACCGUGGUGGGUAUGAUAUGCUAUCUACAGAUGAGGUCCAUGCUAUGGCUGUGCCAUUUUAUCCUGAAGGGCUUGUGCACCCUUGGACUGGGAGCUCACAGGGGUCCCAGAGCCCCUCCCCUGUGGCUACCCAAGGACAACUUAGUGAGUUGCAAAUGAUCACAGAGCAGUUCCAUCUUAGGAAACUGAACUUCAGCAUGCACUGAACACCUGCUUUCCACCCGCUCUUCCCCAGUGGCUGUCCCUGUGCCUUCUGUCUCUCUCAAUCAGCCCAGACCCCUGCAUGGAAGUGGGAUCACAGAGCGCCUGCUCCUUUGGGACAGCCUCAUUCCACAAGGCUCAUGAUCAGCCUGGGCCAGGGUCCUAGCUCUUUAGAGCAGUGUCACCCCACUGUGCAUGCAGUGCUUCCGGUUCCACAGGGUCUUCCCAAGUCCUUGGCAUCCUCUGGUCCUCAGUUUCCCCAUCCGGAAUGGGAUGGGGACCAGGCCAUGGGUUUAGACUCUCCAGCCACUGCCAUGUUUCUGUAAGUGCAUAAAUUCCUCUUAACCUGUGAAUCUGGGUGUGGGGCUAGGAGUGUCACUGCCAGUGGCUUUCCUGGGGUACAUGGUAGUGCAGGGGAAGGGGCUGUGUGGUUUCUGUGGCCUGCAGGUGGUCAUUGUCACCUCUCAUGUCACAUUGGAGGAAGGCCAAGCUGGGAGGGGGACAGGAGCCAGUUUUUUUGGGCUGCUGACACCAGGCUACCCUACUAGGGUUCAGCCUGAGUGGUGGCCCCUCCCGGGACCUGACAAGACAGCCCAGGUCCCUGGCCACACUCCCCUGGGACCUUCAGCACAUGGUGUCACAGGACUGCCCAGGCUCUUGCUGCCCUCCUCUCAGAUGUGCCUGGUCAUCUCCAUUCUUCUCUUUCUAUAUUUGUUUAUGAUUCAAGUCCUAUUUCUGGGUUUAGAAGAAAUUCAUAUUGGUUGUAGAAACAUGCAAAGAGUCCUGAACAGAUACAGAGAGGAAAACACAAAUCCCUGGGUCCCCUUCCCCACACACAAGAGGCACCUGUCCUUAAUACUCCAGUCUCUUCCUCCUGGGUUCUCCAUGACCUGAGUACCCUUCAGAGGGGUGUGGAGGGGACAGGAGUCUGGGAUCCCCACCCUCAGGAAGGCUUCUGGAUCCAGGGUAUGGUGCCAGAGGGAGCAGUGGCACAGUCAUACCCAGAGUGAGACUAUCCAUGGCCAGGCUGGAGGCCAGCCCAGUGCAGAACAGGGGAGCAGGUCAGAAUCUGUGCACUUGGUCUUGGCCAUGUGUCUCAUGUCCCUCUUGAUAUCUGCUUCCUGCUCCCUUUAUGUCACUUGAGGCACUUGACCCUGCCACAGUACCAAGGUCACCAGAGUGCUGGUCCCACCUCUACUGGCUGUCAUGGUGUUGAGAGGUGAUGGUGAUGGUGGCUUCCUGUGACCCCAGAGCAGAAGCAGAUGGUGGAAGAAGGGAAAGAUCCUCAAAUUGAAGUGAGGAUGGUGCCUGGGCCUGCCCCUGAGGAAGAAGAGACGGGACAUUCUAGCUGUAGGUGAAGAUUGAGCUCUGCAAGUCACCCUGGUCUGAGUGGCUUCAAAGGCCCCAGGAACAUGGACCUAUUUCUCCUGGCUAUGACCUCCAACGUGGCUGCAAAGAAGAUUUCACAUCAUGGCAAGGAGGGUGGCAGGGGGAGUUAGAGACCUGGGACCUUGUUCUUGGUGUGGACCUGGACUCUGAUCACAGCUGGCCGGAGAGGCUGUGGGUGGGUGGGGGGUUGAGCAAGGGGCUGGGCCCGGCCAAGCUUUCGAACUAUCACCUCAUUCGCAAACUCACUCCACUUUACCACAGGGCCAAGCCACACCUAACAGAUCUGAGCAGGAGAUGCUUAGACCCAAAUAGGUCAGUACUAUGUCCCAACAGCCUCAUAGACAUUUGAAAACAAAACAAAACAAAAACAAAACCUUACAAACUGAAAGAAAAUUGCAUGUUUUGUUUUUUGUAAAAGAGCUGCGUCCUUUCUCAUGGACUUUGCUUGACUUCCUUAAUUGUGGACACUCCACACUCAUUUUAUGUUCCUCGUGGAAUUUGGUGUGGUGCUUACAAAAUCCAGCUCCGCAGAGGCAUGACACUCUUGCAAACAACAUGGCGUGGUCUCAUGCCCAAGCUGGAAGCAGUGCCAGCCAGCAGCUUGCAAGGUGUCUCAUGGUUGUCACUGACUCUUCUGAACAUUUAAAGUACCCGGGCAGUGCCUCUCAGAGCAUUCUCAGGGAGUGUGGAAUACUUCCUGGCACCCUCGUCACGAUCUAUGAUGCAGUGUUAUCCCAUUUUAUAGAAGUGUAGGCCAAAGCUCAGAGCAGCCAAGAUCCCUGCCUAAAUCCACAUGGCUGUGUUGAGGGUGAAGUCAGACAGGUCUUCCGGGGCUCCGAGGUUGUGUGAACAUCUUUGGGGUCCUAAGCACUUCCUUCACCCUCUGGACUUGAAAUGCAGCCCAUGUCGCACCCCAGCCCCUAAACAGACAGAGCAAGAGCAGGACCAUGACAGCCUACCGUCUCUU